AAGAAAAACCAACAGUUAUUUUCAUGGAUCGUAGCGGUGCUUCUAAGGAUGGUGGAGAAGGGUCGUCCGAAGUGAAAUACCGCGGUGUUCGGGUGCGGCCAUCGGGCAAGUUUGCUGCGGAGAUUCGUGACAUUAAUAGGAACGGUACGAGGGUUUGGUUAGGGACAUUUGCAACGGCAGAGGAGGCGGCUAGAGCUUACGACCGAGCGGCCUAUGAAAUGAGAGGCCACAUGGCUGUUCUUAAUUUUCCUGCGGAAUACCCACCUACAUUUUCGGCAUCAGCUUAUAAUGCUUCAAACAUGGCUGCCACGUCAGCAGCGUCGGAGUCUUCUUCUAGCCGUAAUGUGCAAGGAAGAGAAAUGUUCGAAAUCGAGUACCUUGAUGAUAAGGUGUUAGAGGACCUUCUUGAUUUCGAUAACAAGAAAAACCAAAAGUGAGAUUUCUACUCUCUAGUCUAUAACAUAUGUAACGUAUAGCUUCCGUAUUUAUAAAUAAAACAUGUGGGGAAGGUAAAAGGUUACAAUUUUCACAUGACAAAAAAGAAAGUUCACGCUUUUUGUUUGUUCGAUCUUA